GAAAACCAAAAACAAGCCGUAGGGGAAGGUCAAUUUGAAAGGCCUAAUAACCCAUCAGUAAUUCUGAAAUCGAGCAAGCAAGCACAAAAGCCAGAAACCAGGCCAAAUCCCUAGGAGGAAUAAAGCUGAAAAGGUAACAGCAUAAAAUGAUGGAAUUCUUGUCYGGCCCAGGUAGCAAAGAAGUUUUAUAUAAACAAAUGAAUGCAAGGAAGAAGAGUUAGCUUGUUACACAGCGAAAUGCACACAGGACUGAAGUCUAUUGUUGCUGCUUUUGCAGUUAAACAGCCUUAAAAUGUUUACACCUGAGGCCAUAGCUAUGGGUAAGUGCUAGCCUAAGUGAAGGAAAUGUUUAUUUGUUUGUUUUUUAUGAUUCUGUUUGUUGCUGUCCUCCGGGAGGGGUGGGAUAGAUUUGCUUUGCGUAGACAGAACUCUUCUUGACUCAAGUUGGGUGCAUGGGAAGAGUGCAUCAGAAUCGGCCUCCUACCUGCCAGUUUGUUGCCCAGCAGAGGGAAUGACCGGGAGGAAGAUGCUGGUGUGCACCUGGUGGGAGUGGAAACGCAAACCACGCUACAGACGCACGGGCAGUAGGGUGAACAAGGUACGCCACCCAUUAAAGUUCUCAUGCCUGCACUUUCUCCGACGAUGGAAGAAGGAAACAUUGUGAAAUGGUUAAAAAAGGAAGGUGAAGCAGUGAACGCCGGAGAYGCGUUGUGUGAGAUUGAAACGGACAAAGCAGUGGUUACCAUGGAAUCCAGCGAUGAUGGCAUCUUGGCUAAAAUACUGGUGGAAGAAGGAAGCAAAAACGUUCGCUUGGGCUCGCUGAUCGGCCUGCUCGUGGAAGACGGGCAGGACUGGAAGGCGGUUGAAAUCCCGGCGGAUGCUGGUGCCCUGUCCCCUCUGGCUCCAGCAGCUGCUGCUCCUACCUCAGCUCCCGCAGGCCCUUCAGUUUCAGCCCCUCCUAAGCUGGAGCAUCACCCUGGGAAGCUGCAGAUUCGCUUAAGUCCUGCAGCUCGCAACAUUCURGAGACUCAUGGACUAGAUCCAAGCAAUAUUACACCUACAGGGCCCCGAGGAAUCUUCACGAAAGAGGAUGCUCUCAAACUCCUGCAAGAGAAGCAGAAGGGCAGACGCAGUGAAGUGCGGGCCGCGGCUCCGCCGGCGCCUCCCCAGGCCACCACGGUGCCUUCUGCUCCACCGGCAACAGCUGGGACUUCCGCUUAUCCAAGGCCAGCAGCUCCACCACUUUCCACACCAGGAAAACCUCCUCCACCGGGUGCCUUCACAGAAAUCCCAGCUAGCAACAUCCGAAGAGUUAUUGCUAAGAGAUUAACAGAGUCUAAAACUACUAUACCUCAUGCAUAUGCUGCCGCUGACUGUGACAUUGAUGCUAUUUUGAAACUGAGGAAAGAAUUGGCUAAAGAUGACAUUAAAGUAUCUGUAAAUGACUUUAUUAUCAAAGCAGCUGCAGUUACUUUGAAGCAAUUGCCAGAUGUGAAUGUAACCUGGGGUGGAGAGGGCCCCAGGCAGCUGCACACCAUUGACAUCUCUAUUGCUGUGGCAACAGACCGUGGUCUCAUUACACCAGUCAUAAAAGAUGUUGCUGCCAAGGGAAUACAGGAAAUUGCUGCCUCUGCAAAGGCUCUAGCAAAGAAAGCAAGAGAUGGGAAACUCUUACCGGAGGAAUAUCAGGGGGGAUCAUUUAGCAUCUCCAAUCUGGGCAUGUUCGGCAUCAGUGACUUCAUUGCAGUCAUAAACCCUCCACAGGCCUGCAUCCUAGCUGUGGGCCGAGCCAGACCAGAGCUCAAGAUUGUGGAAGAUGAAGAAGGGAAUGAGAAACUUAAGCAACAUCAACUCAUGACAGUGACUCUGUCAAGUGAUGGUCGGGUAGUAGAUGAUGAACUGGCUUCAAAGUUUUUGGAGACCUUAAAAGCCAACAUAGAGAAUCCGAUGCGACUUACUUUGGGUUAAACUUGGUGAAGAUUGCUUCCUGUUUGGACAACAUUUAAAAUUCUGUUACAGAAAAACAAUCCCACGUACAUGUAGAGGAAAUAAGUAGUGUCAGAUGGACAGCUAAAAUACUUAAUUUAUUUGAAAUAACCUGAAAAACUGUUAAUUCUCAUUUUUUUGUUCAUUUCCAGGUCUUGUUUUUUAUAUUGAAACUAGAGACAUUUAAAUAUAAGGUUAACAUGUUCUAAUUCUUUGUAUGUUUAGUAUUCAUGGCACAUAACAUUUGAAAAGAAUAAUCAAUCUCUUCUGUAAGGGAAUGUACAAGAACACUUUAUUAAAUGUAAAAGGGAAUGAGAGAUGCUUUAUUUCAGCACAGUUUUUACAGUGAGGAAUGCAAGUAUCAUAACCAAGUAAAAUCCUGCUGUGAGUUGUGGUCAGUAUCAAGAUCACUGAGGGCCUAAACUACACUGCUAGCACAGAAAGUGUUUCAGUUUACAAAGGACUUUCUGUCAUGUUGUACCAUCUGAUUUAGCUGGAAAUAGUACUGAGAUUUUGAGAUAGACUUUGAAUGUUUCUACUUAAGACCAAAGAAGUUAGAAACCCAAAUAAGUUUUAGUCUGAUUUUAGUUACAUCACAGACUUGACAGUUCUAUAUUUAGGCUUUUCUGUGAGCUGCAGUGAGGAGAAUAAGAUUGCUGUGGAGAUGAAUGGGGGAAAGAAAUGGCAGGAAAUUUUGACUUAGAUUAAAUUAGAUCCUAGAGAAAGACACAAUAUCUCAAAGUAUUGACAAGUAUCUGACAGUCCAUAAAAUUAAAUCUCAUUAAAACAAAUUUAACCUGUGGAUGCAUUUUUUUCCCAGUGUUUUAAGAUUACUGCUUAAUCUAAUGCCUUGGAGAACACAGAAUGGAGAAUAAACUUGUCUGAACAAGUAAGAUCUCUAUAAAGGAUGAAGUAUCAACCUCAUGAUUGAAACAAAAUUUAGUGAAAAACAAAUUUGUUAUGUAAGAAAUAACAAUAGAGGUAUUCUAAUUUAUUAAAAAUAAUUGUGUCCAAACUUAUGAGUUUCUCCAUCUCAUCUCUCUCUUUCUCGGUGCCACAGAAUGUUAAAUUUUUUUUUCAGAUCCCCUGAGGUAUGUUUUAUAUAACUUAAAGCCAAAGAUAAUUGUGCAGACAGUGCUAGCUUUGAUAUCACAGAGGUUCCAGAAUGAAAGGUCAAGUUUUGCACGCUGAGUAUUUGUUGAAUAAUGUUGUACUUUCAAUGGAUAAUAUUAAAAGGUAACUACAAAGUGUUUCAUUUUCAAAUACAUAUUCUAUUGUAAAGCUGUUGGAGGCUUAUGUGCCUGAAAUUGAGAUGAACAGAAAUGGCUAUUUUUCUUUUUUUAUAUAUAAAUGUGGUAAUAUGCAUUGUGUGUGCUUGUACAGAAUUAGCUACAUUUACAGAACCUAGUGAGAAUAUAAAUUGCCAGUAGUAUUCUGGAAGUUUGUGUUACUGAUUUGUCUUGCUGUUAUUAUUUUAAGAUUCAAAGGACUAUGUUUAAGGCACCAGCCAUAAUUAAAAUGCUGCAAGCCUAAAUCUGCUGCAAGCCUAAAUCUGCUGCUAAUACUAAGUUGAGAAUUUCAACUAAAUUAUUUUUACUUUGACCUGCUCAGAUGUCAUAAGUUCAGAAAACAUCAGUCGUACAGUGGUGAGAGAAGAAACUUUUGAUUAUGGAAUUUGUUUUACAGUGCAAUUACUUUUAUACCCUUUCUGUAUUUGCAGACAUCUUUCACUGAUA